AAAUGGCGUAACACUGAGGAGGCUCAGUCUGCAUCACCGAACGGUGUCGGACUCGUGAAAUAAAUUUUCCGCAGUGCCAAAAAGGAUUUUCUAAAAGGAAAAAAAAAGUCAAAAAAGUGACGGGCACUGACGUAUAGAGCAGCUAGUAGUAUUUUCGAUACAUAAAAAUGUUCAGGUUUCUGGCGGUCGUCGCCGUCGUCUGCGUAGCUGGGACGUCAGCCAUUCAAUGGACUGGCGGUUCAUUUGAAUGGCCGUGCUCCACCACGAAGAGCAUCUUUAAGAGCAGUGGUCGCUACGUAUCGAAGAACGUAAUAGCUACCAGGGCAGCCAUCUACAAGGAUGACGCCAUAGUGGCAUUACCCAGAUACAAGGCCGGAGUCCCAGCCACCCUUGCCAAAUUAUCUCUGAAGAACAAAGGAUGCCAAUCGACCAUGACACCCUUCCCAUGCUGGUCCCAGCAAGAGGAAGGUACCUGCAGUGCUCUCCAGAGCGUAGUUGACGUCUACCUGGAUCCCCAGGAAAUCCUGUGGGUCUUGGACACCGGUGUCGUGAACAGUCUCGAGGAACCAAUCCGCAGAUGCCCACCCAAGGUGGUCGCGAUAAACGUGAAGACCGGCAAGGUCGUUAAAACCGUCGACCUCAGUGGUCUGGUAUGUGCUGCAUCAAGACUGCAGUACCUCGUAGCAGACUAUAGCGCGGAUGGCCGUGUCUUCGUCUACGUGAGCGACGCAGCUACCAGAGCGAUCCUUGUAUACGACGUGACUUCAGGACGAGGUUACAGAGUGGUACUCCCCAAGGCCGUCACCCUGGGUGCACCACGUCGCGAUGUCCUCUACCUAUCUUUGAUCCGACGCUCCGAUGGCAGCAGCUGCUUGAUCUUCACUUACCUGAGCGGCACCAGAAUGUUCUCCAUCCGUACCGAAUACCUCCAGAAGGGUUCUGCAUCUGGCAAGGUUCACGAUUUGGGUGCCAAGCCCCAGAAGAUGGUUAUCCUGGGAACAGACAAUGGCAGCGCCAUCUUCUUCAGAUACGAAGGACAAUCUGAUGUCUACAGAUGGGAUGCCACCACCUGCUUCAAAUCUGAGAACUUCCAGAUUGUUCACCAGGGUACCGAAUGCCAGCUGGCUACCCAGGUCGUUCCUGACUACAAGAGAGGCAGGAUGCGCAUCUUGGAGUCCAACUUCCCAGACUUCAUUCAAGGUACCAUUGGCUGUGGUGCUAAUCAAUCGCUGAACAUCAUUGGACCCGACGCUUCGCGGUGCAAACGCAACCCAAUUGAGAACAGAAUAUUCCUGAGCCUGGUCCUGGUGGCCUUAUGGUCUCCGAAUAUAAGAUCAGCCGAGGUCCUGGAGACGAUAGCUCAAUGGCCUCUCUUGGACUUUGCGUUACCCUAUGAUCCGACUUAUCUGGAGCAAUUUCGACCUGAGAACGUGGUGCCAACCGGCAUUGAGAUUGCCUGGCAUAGGAUCUUCAUAGCGACACCAAGACUACGUGCAGGUGUACCUGCAACCCUGAGUUACAUCCCGCGUGACGUCCCACUAGGAAGUAGUCCCCAAUUGCAAGCAUAUCCGUCCUGGGGCUGGCAUCCGGCUGGUAGAGGCGAUCUGAACUGCUCAGGUCUUAUGUCUGUCUAUCGUGUAAGGGCGGAUCGUUGCAAUAGACUUUGGGUCCUUGACAGUGGAGUCAUGACAUCCAUUGAUGACUUCCAAACACCUUGUCCGCCGAAGAUACUCAUCUUUGAUUUGCAAACCGAUCAGCUGGUGCGACAGAUUAAUUUUCCACGAGAGGUUAUCAGACUCAAUAGUCUUUUGACUAAUUUGAUUAUCGACGAUACCUCUGCUACUAGCUGUGAUGACGUCUUCGUGUACAUAUCGGAUACUGCUUCACCAGGCAUUGUCGUUUACGAUGGCGCCACUGACAAGAGCUGGAGAGUAGGUCACUCAUCUAUGUUGCCAAAUCCCGAUUAUUCGACGUACCAGAUCGGUGGCGAUACUUUCGAACUGUUCGAUGGUAUCGUUGGUCUUGCUUUCUCACCAAGACUCGGAGUCUUGUACUAUCAACCUCUGGCUACCGACCGACUCUUCAGCGUGCCCACUUCCGCUCUUCAGGCAGGCUCACCACCUUUUGGAGAGCAGCUUCCGGUGACUUUGGUCGGCCGGAAGUCCAGCCAGGGUGUGGGGCUUUCGGUCGAUCCGCGAGACGAUACUAUUCUAUUCGCACCGCUUACGGAAACCGCGAUAGCAUCCUGGCAACCGCAGAGUAAUAACCAGAGAAUUAUCGCCUACAGUCCUGAAGAGUUACAGUUCACCGCCGAGGUACGGUGGGUAGAAAGAGACAACGGUAACGUGUGGGCUCUUUCUUCAAGAUUCCAGAAAUUCUUCAAGCGCGAAGUUGAUCCGCGUGAGAUAAAUUUGCGAAUUAUGCGAAUCCGUCCCGACGAGAGCACGCCGUUGCCUACUGGACUGCCGUAUCGUCAAUUGGACGGUCGUCAUCAUUAUUCCAACAAUACUCUAUACCUGUAAUGGAUCAAUUAGUAAGGAAGAAAAGCUAAAUUGAAAAAACUGAAAUUAAGAUACACAACGAGUGAUACUUUAGUAUAGAUAAAAACAUGGAGUCGGGGUAUCUGAAUUGAAAGGACGUGUAGCACGUUAUAUGCGUGGCUCCAAAAUUCCAUCGUUUACGCAACGCACAUUGGUAUAUAUGUAUAUAUAUGCUCAUGUGCAUGCGGAUACCAAUGUAUGGAUUUUUAUUUCCUUUUUUUUCGCUGUCCUCGGCGAAUUCCAUGUCUCUACUUUCUGCAUGUACAUGGUACAGUGUGUUUCAGUUUGUGGAUUUCUGUGUACGUAUGAGAGUUUCGGCCACGUUUGUUAAUGAGACAAAUAAAUUGGCAGGACGCGAAACUAGCUCGUUGGUCCCUUAAGCAUCUUUAGGUUUGUUUUCAGUAUCCUCGUCUUUUUUUGUCGCGUGUCAUUAGGGAUUCCACGUAUUCUUGGACUGGUAGAAUUUUUAUUGAAAUAUAUCAUUUCUUUUUUUUUAUUUAAGUAAAAUUCCCACAGACUGUCCAAAUAGCUUGUUUGUGCGUAUUUUUUGAAAUAAAGAUAGUCAGGUUAGAUCACUAAGGUUCCGUAAUGCAUUUCGGAAUUGUGUAAAAUGAUUAGAAAAU